UAUUAUAUCAUGGUACCUAUAUUAUUAAUUUAUAGUCUAUAAUCUAUAUUGUUGUGGUCAUAUUAUUUACAAAUUUAAUAUAUUUUAAAAAGAUUGAGAUUAAGUUCUAGAUAAGAUUAAAGACAUCUUUAUGUAUAGUUGUUAACAUGUUUAUGGUGUGAAAUCAAGAUUCACCAAACAACUAACAACUGCUGUUGUAUAGUAUUUAACUUUAAUUUUUUAAGACUGUAUUUUUUUAAUUGUUAUUAUGUUAAAGAUCGAAGAAGAUUUAAUUUAAAAAUUUUGUGCUUUCACAUUAUUACUAAUUAAUUGAUAAAAUAUAUACUUAUACAUGGCCAAUGUUUUAAGUAUUAAUUGUGAAAAAUCAUUUAUUUUCAUUGUUCUGUAAUUUAUUGUUUUUAUUAAUGUUUUAAUACGAUAACAAUAUUAGAAAAUGCAAUGAGUAAAGAAAAGUUUUCAGAUAGUGUAUCUGUACUUUUAGAACUUCUAGAAGUAUCAAUUCAUUGCAUACUGUAUGCAAGAAAAAUAUAUCCUGAAGGUAUUUUUGAACUAAAGAAAAAAUACAAUGUGCCUGUGCAUGUUUCUAUUUAUCCUGAGUUAAAUUCCUAUAUAAAUAGUACACUCAAUGCUGUAAAAAGUCUAUUGAAAUUAAAAAAAUUGUGCAAAUUGGAUGUAUGUUUUUAUAACAAAAUUGGAGUUAUAGUUGAACGAUUUGUAUUUAACAUUCGUAAUGUUGAACUUGAAUUGGAUUUAUCAGAUUUUUCGAAUAUAAGAGAUCCAUAUUUAGUAAAGUUAGAACAAAUGUUGAGAGCUUUCUGUUUAAAAUUAACUGUUUGUGAUUCUCUCUUGAAACCUUUACCUACAAGUUGUACAUUUCAGAUUCACAUUCAUACUACUGAAACAAACUCUAUUGAAAUUCAAAAGGAUACAGAAGAAUUUCCAUUAAUACCUAGUGAAAAUAAGGAUACAAUUAUAACAUCACCUGCAGUAGUACCAUUGCGUAGUAUAGACUGUGAACAUUUAAAUUUAGAAAUCUAUGCUGAAGAAGGAAAUAAAGAUGAAGACCCAGAUUUAUUUACACCAAGUCCGUUAAUUUAAAUUUGCUCAAUAUUAAUGUUGAAUUUGUUAUUAGCAAUAUGUUGUUCUUGUAUCAACCUUCACUGACAAACAUUAUUAUAAUUAUAAGGUUAUUAUAGAGACCAUACUGGUCUAACUAUAUUAAAUUUCACAAUUUAUUUAGUAAUAUAUUUUAUGUAUUAUA